AUGUCGGCUGACGACGACGUCGUCAUGGCCGACGCCGCCCCUGCCGCCUCGACCUCGCACGCCGAAGCCAACGGCAACGGCACAGCUGCCAACGGCCACAGCGCAGCGCCCGGCAAGCCGACGGGCUCGACACCAGAGCAAAAGGCCGAGGCGGCCGAGGCAAAGGAGCGCGGCAAUGUCCUCUUCAAGUCAGCCGCCUACGGCAAGGCCAUUGACGAGUACUCGCGCGCCAUCGACCUCGACCCCACCGAGCCGGCCUACCUCACCAAUCGCGCCGCCGCAUACAUGUCGCUCAAGAUGUACCGGCCCGCCCUAUCCGACUGCCGCCUCGCAAACGACCUGCAGUGCAAGCAGAGCCCCGACGGAACCGCGCAGCCAAAGACGCUCGUCCGGUUGGCACGCUGCCACCUCUACCUCGGCGACCCGCAGGCGGCCAUCUCGGUCCUCAACCCCAUUGUCGGUGCUGGUCAGGGGUCCAGCGCUUCGACCGACGAGGCUAGCUUGAAGACGGCGCGGCAGCUCGUGGCGCAGGCGCAAAAGGUCAGCGACCACCUGGCCUCUUUUGAGACGUACAAGGCGUCGCAGGACUGGACGCUCGCCUCCAUCGCCCUCGACCAGGCGCAAAGCGCGUGCUCGCUGGCCGACGGCGACGUGCCCAUGUCGUGGCGCAUCCUCCGCGCCACGGUGCAGCUGCACAAGGGCCAGCUGGACCAGUCCAACAGCACCAUCUCGGACGCCCUCCGCGCCGACUCGAGCAACCCCGAGGCGCUUCUAGUGCGCGCCCGCAUCUUUCUCGCAAAGGGCGACACAGCAAAGUCAAUCGCCCACUGCCAGGCGGCGCUGCGCUCCGACCCAGAGCUGCGCGACUCGCGCGAGCUGCUGCGCAAGGUGCGGCGGCUCGAGGCCAAGAAGGACGAGGGCAACGCCGCGUUCAAGGCGGGGCGCAACGACGAGGCGGUGCGGCUCUACACCGAGGCCCUCGACAUGACGCGCGACGACGAGGCCCGCGACGGCGAGGCGCGCGGCUUCCGCGCCACCCUCUACUCGAACCGCGGCACGGCCAACUCGAAGCUGGGCCACCACGACCAGACGAUCCAGGACUGCACCGCCGCCCUCGAACUCGACAGCGGCUACAUCAAGGCGCUCCGGACGCGCGCGCGCGCCUAUCUCGCCAGCGAAAGGUACGAAGAGGCGGUGCGCGACUUUACAAAGGCCGUCGAGGAGAGCUCGGUCAGCGGCGGCGCAGAGGCCGAGAGCCUCAAACGCGAGCUGCGCGGUGCCGAGAUCGACCUCAAGCGGAGCAAAAAGAAGGACUAUUACAAGAUCCUCUCGGUCUCCAAAACGGCGAGCGAGUCCGAGAUCAAAAAGGCCUACCGCAAGGAAUCGCUCAAGCACCACCCGGACAAAGGCGGCGACGAGGAAAAGUUCAAGCUGUGCUCCGAGGCGUACAACAUCCUCAGCGACCCGGCAAAGCGGCGGCGGUACGACGCGGGCGCCGACGACCCGGAGAGCGAGUUUGGCGGCGGCAUGGGCGGCGGCGGCUUUGGAGGCGGCGGCGGAGUCGAAGUCAACCUGGCGGACCUGUUUGCCGGGGCCGGCGGCAUGGGCGGGAUGGGCGGCUUCCCGGGCGGCGGCAUGGGCGGAGGAGGGUUCCAUGCGGGCGGAAUGGGCGGCUUCCCCGGUGCCGGCAUGGGUGGCUUCCCUGGCGGCGCGGGAGCAGGCGGGUCAAGACGGGGCGGUAGGCCGCCACCCGGCUUCUCGUUUGGCUGA